GCCACGGCCACUUAUGAUUGACACUGCUGUGCUAUAGGGUAAAUGUCUGCGAGAAAUAUCCAUCCGUACUUAUUCAUCUGUAUUCUCUCUAUUGCCAUGUAUGACUGCUAAUUAACACUGCUAUGCCAUAUGCCCGUAAUUGUCUGCGAACCUCCACCUCGCCACCGCUGAUGUCCUGCUUCCAUCGGCCGUCUUCUUUUCAUCUUCAGUGUGGUCCGCAGUCUCUGGUCAUCUCCUGUACUAUGUCCGCAGUCUCUGGUCAUCUGGUCAUCUCCUGUACUAUGUCCGCAGUCUCUGGUCAUCUCCUGUACUAUGUAUGUCCGCAGUCUCUGGUCAUCUCCUGUACUAUGUCCGCAGUCUCUGGUCAUCUCCUGUACUAUGUCUGCACUCUCUGGUCAUCUACUGUACUAUGUCCGCAGUUUCUGGUCAUCUCCUGUACUGUGUCUGCAGUCUCUGGUCAUCUCCUGUACUGUGUCUGCAGUCUCUGGUCAUCUCCUGUACUGUGUCCACAGUCUCUGGUCAUCUCUUGUACUCUUUCUGCAGUCUCUGGUCAUCUCCUGUACUCUUUCUGCAGUCUCUGGUCAUCUUCUGUAGUAUGUCCGCAGUCUCUGGUCAUCUUCUGUAGUAUGUCCGCAGUCUCUGGUCAUCUCCUGUACUGUGUUUGCAGUCUCUAGUCAUCUCCUGUACUGUGUCCGCAGUCUCUGGUCAUCUCCUGUACUGUGUCCGCAGUCUCUGGUCAUCUCCUGUACUAUGUCUGCAAUCUCUGGUCAUCUCCUGUACUAUGUCUGCAGUC